ACACAUAAAUUACACACACAUAUUACACGCACUACACACUUCCACCCCCAAAGAUACUUUUGGCGGCCAACCAAUUCACUACCCUACUCGCCUGCACGUUCUCUCCUCACAACUUGUUCUUUCUUUUCUUAACUCUUUAAAAUCUCACUCCUCAAUUUGUCACCCCGUUCACACAAUCUCAUGAACCCUCCAAUCCAAAAACGACACCUCAUCACUACGCAGUCUACGCGUCAUUUACGGAUUAUUUGGUGACAGUUUUUUCGUGAAAGCCUCUGUUACUUAACAAACUUCUCAUUAAAAUAUCCCAGCAGACGCGUAUCUUAGCGCAACAUCCGCCUCCCCGCUAGCCUGCGCUUUCGUGGCAAAGUUAACCAACCGGCCGACACGCCGUGCCUUGUUCCGUCUCGUCUCUGAUAUAACCGUUAACAGAGCCGAUAAAAUUUCCUGAAACUUCUCGAAGCAUCAUAUAAUUGCCGUCCCCUACAUCACUUCCACAUUCAUUCCAUCAUCAAUAUUCACAUCAAAGGAGUCGUUGUUGUUUUAGAGAGAGAAAGUAGAGUGAGAAACCAUGGGGGUCGAUUACUACAACGUUCUGAAGGUGAAUCGCAACGCGAGCGAGGACGAGUUGAAGAAGGCGUACAAGAGAUUGGCGAUGAAAUGGCACCCAGAUAGGAAUUUGAAUUCGACUCGCAGCGACGAAGCUGAGGCCAAGUUCAAGCAGAUCUCGGAGGCCUAUGACGUUCUCAGCGACCCACAGAAGCGUCAGAUCUAUGAUAUCUACGGUGAGGAAGCUCUCAAGUCCGGCCAAUUCUCUCCGCCUUCUGGCGCCGCUCGCGGCGGCGGCGGCGCGGAAGAUAUAUUUGCGGAGUUGUUUGGUGGGUCUGGUGAUUAUGUUGGUGGUAAUGGAGGGAAGAAUCGCGUGUUCGAUGAGAGUGAGUUGAAGAAGAAUUCUAAUGGGGUUUUCGGAAAUCGGAAGUCUGAAGCAGUGGAAAAUAGGUUGGUGUGUAGUCUGGAGGAGCUUUACAAGGGUUCCAAGAGGAAAAUGAAGAUUUCUCGAAUUGUUCCUGAUCACUUUGGUAAACCUACGACUGUUGACGAGAUCUUGGCAAUACACAUCAAACCUGGUUGGAAGAAGGGCACAAAGAUCACUUUCCCUGAAAAGGGUAACCAAGAACCUGGCAUUGCCCCUGGGGAUCUUAUUUUCGUAGUAGAUGAGAAACCUCAUGCUGUGUUCAAGAGGUGCGGAAAUGAUCUGUUUGUGAAUCCGCGGAUAUCUCUGCUCGAGGCUCUCAUGGGGAAGCCCCUCAGCCUCAUCACCCUGGAUGGAAGGAAUAUCACAAUUCCAGUAACGGAUAUUGUCCGACCUGGCCAGGAGAUGGUGAUCCCAAAUGAAGGCAUGCCCAUCUCUAAAGAACCUGGGAGAAAAGGAAACUUGAGAAUCAAAUUUGAUGUCCAAUUCCCGACAAAGCUCACUGCAGAGCAGAAGUCUGAUCUGAGGAGGAUCCUUCAUGAGAGCUGUUGACCAGUACAAGGUUCAACUCAAGGGUUGAAGAUUAUCGUUAACACUGACAAUAUUUAAGUUUAAUUGAAUGUAAAUAUUUUACUUGUUCAUAAGAGAUGAAUUGUGAAUAUUAGGUAAGAUUAGUGUGAAGCAGUGCUAGACAUUCAAUGUGUUGUAGCACCUCCGGGACUCAGCUAUUUUAGUUACUGUUUCAGCUGUCACAAACUAUUUCCUUUAAUGUGAAAUACGUAUGAUAGCAAUCUAUUAGUGUUCA